AUGGAGAAAAAGGAAAGCUCAAAGUUGAAUAUCGCAAUAAUUCACCCGGAUCUCGGAAUCGGUGGAGCAGAGAGAUUAAUUGUUGAUGCUGCUGUAGAACUUGCAACACGUGGACAUCACGUUCAUGUCUUCACAUCACACCAUGACAAAACACGCUGUUUUGAGGAGACCGUUUCUGGUAUCUUUCCAGUUACAGUCUAUGGUGCCUUCCUACCGCGGCAUGUUUUCUAUCGUCUACACGCAGUGUGUGCAUAUCUUCGGUGUAUUUUUGUUGCACUUUGUGUGUUGUUUAUGCAUCCUACUUUCGACAUUAUACUCGCAGAUCAGGUCUCUGUUGUCAUUCCACUCAUGAAGUUGAAAAAGUCAUCAAAGGUGGUAUUCUAUUGCCAUUUUCCGGAUCUUUUGCUUGCUCAACACACAACUGUUCUUAGGAAAAUGUAUCGCAAACCUAUAGACUAUAUAGAAGAGAUAACGACAGGUAUGGCGGAUUUAAUUCUUGUCAACAGCAAAUUCACUGCAUCUACUUUUGCAAAGACUUUCAAGCAUCUAGAUACCCGAGGAAUAAGACCUUCUGUGCUUUACCCUGCCGUCAAUGUGGAUCAGUUCGAGAAACCUACUGCUAACAAUUUGAAUUUUCUCUCCAUCAAUCGGUUUGAAAGGAAAAAGAACAUAGAGUUAGCUAUAUCUGCCUUCGCUAUGCUUUACACUGAUCCACGGAAUAUCAUACAAGGUGACAAUGAAAAUGGAGUUUCCUUGGUUAUUGUAGGUGGUUUUGAUAAACGCCUCAGAGAGAAUGUCGAGUAUCUGGAGGAACUGAAAAACUUGGCAGACAGAGAAGGUGUGUCUCACCGUGUCAGGUUCAUCACAUCUUGUACUACUACUGAAAGAAACACUCUUCUUUCUGAAUGCCUAUGUGUUCUUUACACACCUAAGGAUGAACAUUUUGGCAUUGUUCCUUUAGAAGCAAUGGCAGCCCAUAAACCUGUUAUUGCGUGCAACAGUGGGGGUCCAGUCGAGACUGUAAAAAAUGGAGUGACUGGCUUUCUAUGUGAUCCUAGCCCGCAAGAAUUCUCUACGGCUAUGGCCAAUUUCAUUCGUGAUCCUCAAAUGUCUGAGGCAAUGGGCAGAGAAGCACGAAAGCAUGUCCACCAGUCUAAUAAGUUUAGGCAUUGGGGUUACUUUGAAGGUCCUUUUAAAGGACAUGCUCCUACUGGAGAAUUGGUUCAGUUUUAUGGGAUUGGAAUUCUCAAUGUUGAUGAAUCACGGAGGGCAGAAGAUGUAGAAAUUUACUAUGAUCCAAAAAAGCUUUUGCAGCCAGCCAACUAUAUCUAUAUAUCAGCAUGCAAAUCCUCAACAAUAUUGGCAUUCCACAACUUCAUUACAUUCUUCAAGCUUUUCACUAAUUCGAAUCCAAUCGAGCUCGACAUGGCACGUUAUGCACGAUUUUCGCUUAUUUUGAUAGUCGUACUGAUUUGUUUCACGCAAUCGUUGGAAGCACGUAAGUUUCUCGAGGAUAAGAUAUCUACUUUGGAGGAAAGUUCAGUAAUGAGUGCCCUUCCCAAGGGCACUAUUCCACCUUCUUCCCCAAGUGAAAGAGGUAAUGUUGUGGCUAAUGGUGGAAAACUCUUUGGUGUCCAGCCUGGACAUGUCGAUCGCAGUUUAGUAUCUAUUCCUAGUCCUGGUAUUGGUAAUUGA